CAUGGCGGAGGUCAGGGAAGAGAUGGACAACAAGGACAGGAUGGAGAGAUUAUCCAGGGAUAAAUGCUGUGACUGGUACUAUAAGGAGGACAAGAAAGUGCUAUGUGCAGACAGAGUGGGCCAGAUGACGAAGACCUACAAUGACAUCGAUGCUGUCACACGUCUGUUGGAGGAGAAAGAGAGAGACUUGGAGCUGGCUGCAAGAAUCGGUCAGUCGCUUCUAAAGAAGAAUAGGACACUGACCGAGCAGAAUGACUAUCUGGAGGAGCGAGUUGGACAAAUCGCAGAAGAGCUGGCGCAGCUGCACCAUGAGAUGAACCUGAAGGACGAGCUGCUGCAGUUUUACACUAACGCCGUGGACGAGAGCGAGGAUGAAUCCAGCAUCUCCCCAACGGGUAAAAGAAGUAAAGUGGAAAUCCCUCCAGGAGGCACGCUGCAGAGGAAACUCAAAGAGCUGGAAGAGGAGAACCUCUCUCUGCGCUCUGAGGCAAACCAUCUGAAAUCGGAGACAGAAAUCUAUGAAGAAAAGGAGCAGCAGCUUGUCAACGACUGUGUGAAAGAGCUCCGGAUGUCUAGUCUCCAAAUCUCCACCAUAGCGGAGGAGUUGGCUCGUAAGACUGAGGAUGCUUCCCGCCAACAGGAAGAGAUCACACACCUGCUCUCUCAGAUAGUAGACCUGCAAAAGAAAACCAAAACUUUCGCUGUGGAGAACGAGGAGCUUUCUCAGCACCUGGUGGCAGCUAAAGAUGCCCAAAGGCAGCUCACACUAGAGCUCCAGGAGUUGGAUGAGAAGUACUUGGAGUGUAUCGAGAUGCUCCACGAAGCUCAGGAGGAGCUAAAGAACCUGAGGAACAGGAACUUCCCCGCAGGAACGCCUCGCCGCUACCAUCCUCUGGGACUGUACCCGAUGGACUCUCUGGCAGCAGAGAUUGAGGGAACGAUGAGGAAGGAGUUGAGCAUGGAUGACCCCGAGUGCGAGGAACAGAAAGUCCACCGGAGGCGGGUGUUUGAGACGGUGAAGAACGUGAACCAGACGGUCCGUCAGCGCUCUCUGACUCCAACCAGCGCCAACAUACCGGGCUCCAACCAGUCUCUGUCGGCCCGCACGUCGCCGCAGUCCAGCGGCCUCUCCACGCCGUACAGCAGCAUGUACGGAGGGGACCUCAGCGGAGACAGCGUCACCCUCGACAACCGAACCCAGAGCAUCCUGAUGGAGACAGCCAAUCAGGACAGCGGCUCCGAGGGUCGAGAGAAGAAGGCCACCGGAGCGGAGGACCUUCGUCUCGCCCUGCGCCGUCUUUCUCUGCGGCGACAGAACAACCUGAGCGAGAGGCGCUUCUUUGAAGAGGAGAGGGUGCGGAGACGAGGAGGAAACGAAGGACUACCCGACGCCCUGGGCCAGGAGAGUGCCAUGACCCCCUCGGAAAGCAUCAUGUCCCUCGGGAACCUCCACCUUUGGGCGUCGCGGGGGCCCUACCUGCCCGACAAACUCCAGAUCGUCAAACCGCUCGAAGGCUCGGCCACGCUGCAUCACUGGCAACAGUUAGCGCAGCCUCACCUCGGGGUGAUCCUGGACGCCCGGCCGGGAGUCGUGCCGAAGGGAUACAGACCCCUGGAGCUGGAGCUGGAGCAGGCUUAUCCGUGGGGGAGCUUCGAGGAGGAAGAACCAGGAGAGCAGUACUUCCAGAAUCUGCCCACCUCCUCCGCCUCUGCCUCACCCGCUGUGCCCUCCACCACCAUCACCGCUGUCACCAACAUCGCGCAGCCUCCCCCCAGCAUCGCUCCACCUUCACCUCCCUCCCCAUCACCGUCUCCACAUCUCAGCAACACAGACGUCAUGGCCGCAUUCUACCCAGGUAAAUCCAUGGCCCACACCAGCUCCACAUACACCUUCACUACCUGUCGGAUCCUGCACCCGACCGAUGAGCUGACGCGGGUCACACCCAGUCUAAACCCCGUCCCAUCGUCGUCCUCCUGUGUGAUGACCAGCUGUCUGUUGGGGACUCCUGCGGUCACCCCCUGCACCCCCCGCAGGCUCAGUCUCCGGCCGUCCGAAUCCUCAACCAAUCUCAGAGAUGCAACGCGCACUACCAGUACCUCCCUGGGGCUGGUGCGCCUCCUGCAGGAGCGAGGUAUCUCAGCAGCCAUGUAUCACCAGAGCCAGGGCCUGGAGUAUGGUCAGGGCGGAGUCUUAUUCAGCACCUCCAUCAGCCCCAACAGAGCUCCCAACCCCGACCCCCUGCGCCCCUCCACGCCUCCAAACUCUCCCACGGGACAGGGAGCUUCAGCGGUGCCGACGUGCGCGGGCUUCGACUUCAAAAGCCCGUCCUACGACAACUUCCUCGCCUCCAAACCGGCCCGCUCCAUCCUGAAGGAAGUGACGGGGGGGAUGAGGGGUCGGCAGAGGGGGAGGGACUGCGAGAGCCAGACAGACGUUAGCGUGACCGUACACAACCUCAACCUGCUGGACAAAGUGAAGAGGUUAGGUGUGGCCGGAGCUCAAGGGGGCAGAGCGAUGAGUCCCGGGCCCAUCCUGGCGCCUCUUGGAGGGCUGCGCAGAUCCGGCUCCCCCUUUGGACCCGAUGGGAUGAGGAGGAACCGGAGUUAUCCAGCCAUGGUCGGGGCCAGCAUGGCUAUGAAAGGCCCGGGACCUCAGGAGUAGUCUGGACUGCUGCUGGGAAACCGACUGAAAAUGACUGACACUGUUCAUACCAGUUUUUAUUCACUUCUGGUUCCACACGGACACUUCCACUCUUAAAAUGCUUUGAGGCGGUGACCCCUGCUUUAAUUAAAAGCAAGAAACCUUAUCCAAAUAUUAUUGCAAACAACUUUGCACGGUUCUAUGGGCCCGGCAUCCCAGAAACGACUCAGAUAUUUGCAAAUUGGACACAGAUAUAUAGAAAUCUGGAAAUAUAAAUGAGUUUUAUGAAACUAAAUGUUAUAUAAUUGGGUGAAAUGACCCUUCAAGAUCAGAUUGAUAUUGAGAUAUCUCCAACUGCUAGCGGCUCACACUCUUGCUUUGGAUACUGACUCUGCUGGCUAGAUGUAGUACUCCCACUCUCGCCUUUUUUCUGAAACACAUCCACACUCACAACCACACACACACUGAGGUGCACUCUGUUCCAUACGCCAUCACUCUAGUUGGCUCGUUGUUAGUCUCUGUAGCACUAAACCAUGCCUUUCUUGUUCUCUGCUGUUGGAUUGAGAUCCAUAUUUUAUAAAUGACUCAAAACUUUACACCAAACACAUGAAAAUAUGUCACAUGUACCCUUACUCUUUCCAGUGGUGGACUGUAACUAAGUACAUUAACUCAAGUACUUUAAUUAAGUACUAAUUUGAGGCACCUUGACUUUACUUGAAUAUUUUUUUUUGUGCCACGUCUACUGAACUACAUGUCAAAAGGAAAUAUUCCACUGCAUUACAUGCCGAAACUUAAAGUACUCAAACAAAACAUGGAGAACAAAAUAUUGAACAUAUUGUAUUACCUCUGAAACAAAAUUUGAAGAUUUGCUGCACUUCCUUCUAAUUAUUUUAAUUUAUUUUUGAUAUGGAGAUCUUCUGCAAUUAGCACUUUUACUAUCAACACUUUAAGUACAUUUUCCUGAUUUUAUUUAAAGAGGUCCUAUUGUGCUUUUUGGGGUUUUCCCUUUCCUAUCCUAUAUAGGUUUUAGUGUUCUGCAAAGGCUAAAAUCCCAAAGUUUAUACACACAUUAUACUUGAUAAGCUAAGGGGCGGGACAUCUCUAAAUCGACCAAUCACAACAGAGUAGGCCAGCUAACCAAUCAGAGCAGACUGGGCUCUGGUUUCAGACAGAGGGUGAAAAGAGGUGCUGCAGCACAGGCAGUAUGAGAAAAAUAAAGAGCUUUUUGAACAUUAAAGCAUGGAGACAUGUCACAGUAAAGGAACAAAAUACAAAUAUGACGCUGAAAAUCAGCAUAAAAGGACCCCUUUAAAUACUUAGGUACCAUUUUAAGUGUAGUUUUAACACGCUUACUUGAGUGAAGGAUCUGGAUACUUUUCUCCACCACUGACUCUAUUCCCUCACCUCCUAAAUCCUGUCUGAAGCGAUUAAGUGUGAGUCUGACAAGUCACUUUCAACCAAUCACUAAAUAGAUUUUAUGUCAGUAUAAAGAUACUUUGCUUUAGAUUCGUAAUUGGCCAUAAGACGGGGGAAGUCGAUGGCGCUUCCAUUGAACGGGACGGGUCGAUACGUGAAGCCGCAGAUCCCAAAUAGGGCAGAAAGAGAGGGAGGAUGGAAGUGGCCAAUCAGACGUCCUGGGGAAAAGUUUUCGGACAAAUAAAGCAAUAUAGUGCCUCGACCAUCUGUUUUUCAUUAUUUAUGUUCCUCAUGAGGGUGUGUAAGAGCUGUCACAGCCAUUGUGUUUAUUCAUUUAAGAAUAUCCUAAGAAUAUAACCUAUUUAACUUUUUUUUAAAGGGUUUUUUCUCACGUGUGCUCACUGUAAAUACUGUUCAUUGUCACUAAACUGUCGGUAAUGACACACUCAUAAAGAUAUGUGUAGUGCAUAAACUUGAACCACACAUCACUGUAAGUAUUGCGGUAUUCAUGUAAUGAGGCUUUUCUUUUUCAAAUAAAGAUUCAAU